AAAAAAAAAAAAAAGGGCGCCCCCUUGGAUCAAAACCAACAUUUCAUUUUUUUUGCAAUGCCCCUGCUGGUAACACCACUGGUAGGGACGAUAUAACAGCAUAACCUGUAUGUUCACUUUUUGCUGGGAACGGGACAUUAAUAAGACCAAACAGAUUUUUGAACGGAGAUCAGAGCCACAUUUCUUAUGAAUAUGAACCUAAUAAAUGGAUAGGCGAAAUGAUCAAAGCAAAAUGAAACUAUAUUGACUUAAACUUAUGUAAAUUUGGUUCUCGUGAUACAUUUAAUUCAAACCUUGGUUUUCAAAAACCAAAAAAGAAAAAAGAUUUUUUUCAUUUUUUUCCCCAAAUGACUUUCAUUUUCCAAUACUUUAGUUUGAGUCUAGGUCCCCCAGAAGCUCUCCUUUUUUAAUAAAGGGACUUUCCUUCAAAUUGUUACAGCCCACUCCCUAAACUACCACUCAUUUCCACGCCGUUGUUCCAACUAUGCAAAAAUUUCCCCCAUUUUCCAAAAUAAUCAAUGCAAAUGACAUCAUAUUUUCAAGUCAUCAGUUUUUGGAGAGUUGAAAUUCUUUAAAACAAACCUCCAGUGGUAACUUUUCAAAAACAUUCUAAUAAUACAGAACGGCUGUUUUAAGACGUUUAUAGGUUAGGAACUGAAAAUACCGCAAGUCAGUUUUUAAUUUUUCAGCGUGAAGAUGUGAUAAUUACUGAAGUUAAAAGGUACUUCAAUCAAAAAACCUCUUAACCGUUUGAAUUACAUUUUAAUAAUUACAUUUUAAUACACCACCAAAGAGAUAUCACAUCUAGGGCUCAUUCUAGUCCCCAUGUUACUUUUUCAGCUGUCAAGACUUCCGCUGGGGCUCGCGGUACCCGCAAAGUCUGAAAUCGUGUGUUGUCUUAAAAUGGAUCAUACUGGCAUUCAAGCUAAACAAUGCCACAUUUGUAAAGUAGGGAUUCUCAAUGGUCUACAGAUUAAAAUACAACAAGGCACAUUUGUUUCCUAAGGCUUUGUUAUAUACUUAAAAAUUUUCUUAAAUCUCCCUUUGAAAUAAAAGAUGGUCCACAAUAAGGUCAUUUCAUCCCCCUUCAAGAGACGUUUACUGAUUCAAGGUAACAAGUACCGACCACGAAAUACGUACCUUCUUAUAGUCCUGGUGGUGCACUCCACGGCUAUACGUCAGCUACUGCUUGUAAGUUGUAACACACAAAAAACCCUUCCUCAUGCUCCAGAUCACAGCCUGUGUUAAGCAUAAGGAGAUGACAUAAGGGUAGUGUCAUUGAACAUUUCAAAGUUGUGCAGUAUUCUUAGAUAAGAGUGUGUUGCAUCAUUGAUUUAUCUUUUAUAUGAGACGAUGGGAUUGGCUCUUCAUAAGUGCUAUGAUUUGGCUUUGCCAUGGGAUUGGCUCUUCAUAAGUGCUAUGAUUUGGCUUUGCCAUGACAUUACUUUCUUUUAUGACUUCACCUCCGACCAUUUAAUAGAAAAAAUUAAAAAUCCCCACAUCUCUGGGCUAAAGGUACUAGCUCACAUAAAUGGGGUUUGAAACCAGAAACAUGUUUAUAUAUUUUUAUAUCAUAACCAGAUGAGUGGCAUUAGGAUUUCAUAAAGAUAUAUUAGUGUAAUAUGUAGUUCUUUUAUUCUAUUGAUUAGCUUCCUUUGCUGAUAUGCUUGAGAUACUUUUAUUCACUUAAGUUAAAAAAGAUGCUUAGGUGGGUUGAAUAUUGGCAUUUUUAAAAUAGGUCUUUAUGCACAGCCCAUAAAAACUAGUAGUGAUUUAAAUUUGGGGGGGCAGGAUGACUAAGCAUUCAAGGAAGACCAGUUUUUGUGGGUAUUUCUAUUUCAUUGUUAAUGAAUAUGGAACUUGUAAGCAAAUAUACCUAACAGAUGCAUUGUGGUUGAGUGUACAACACCCUGAAAGAAAGAAUUAGCCAGAAUUAGCCUGCAAAAAAUCCAGGAGGCUGAGGAAAUGCGUAAAUAGAUUGGGCCACUCGUGUGAAAGUUACUCAUAGACAGAGUGUGGCUUUGUUCAGAAAUUGUAGUAAUAUUAAAAAAGACCCAAGCUAACUACAAUACCAACAAUAAAGAGCCUUUUCGCAGACCGUAAUCCCGAAACAAAUGAAGAUCAGAAGUUAAUACUUGAUGCUCAAACACAAAAAGUAACAUAAGGCAUUGAUUUGAAAUUUGAUGUCUUGAGCGUCUAUUUGAGAGACUCAUUAAGAGAAUCAGAAUACAAAAUCUCUAACCCACGCCAUUGUUCCAACUAUGCAAAAUUUCCCCCCAUUUUCCAAAAUAAUCAAUGCAAAUGACAUUUUCAAGUCAUCAGCUUUUGGAGAAUUGAAAUUCUUUAAAACAAACCUUCCAGUGAUAACUUUUCAAAAAUAUUCUAAUAAUACAGAAUGGCUGUUUUAAGACGUUUAUAGGUUAGGAACUGAAAAUACCGCAAAUCAGUUUUUAAUUUUCACCGUGAAGAUGUGAUAAUUACUGAAGUUAAAAGGUUAUUUCAAUCAAAAACCUCUUAACCGUUUGAAUUACAUUUGAAUAAUUACAUUUUAAUACACCACCGAAGAGAUACCACAUCUAGGGCUCAUUCUAGUCCCCAUGUUACUUUCUCAGCUGUCAAGACUUCCGCUGGGGUUCGCAGUACCAGCAAAGUCUAAAAUUGUGUGUUGUCUUAAAAUGGAUCAUACUGGUAUUCAAGCUAAACAAUGCCACGUUUGUAAAGUAGGGAUUCUAAAUGGUCUACAGAUUAAAAUUAGGGCUGUCAAAAUUAUCACGUUAACGCGCGGUAAUUAUUUUUUUUAAUUAAUCACGUUAAAAUAUUUGACGCAAUUAACGCACAUGUCCCGCUCAGAAAGUAUUCUGCCUUUUGGUAAAUUUUACAGCAAGACUUUUUGCGCUGUCCAACAGUGAACUCUUGUGGUCGCUUUGCGACAUGGUUUAUUGUUUUCUUUCCAGUUCAUUAUGGCUGCACGACGUCUCGGGCUGAUAAUGUUGUGCUUAUAUGAUCCUUGGACAAGAUUUGUCCACGGACCCUUUGCUCCCAUCAGCCAAAGAGCAAAGUGUGCCGGUGCAGGCGUGGCAAGAGUUAAGGAUGAUGUUUCAAAUGGCACCAUUGUGCACCGACCACUCCCCUGUCCUCAGUGAAGCUCUUAUAAAAAGGCCUCCGAGUUCCCCCCGGCCUAGUAAAGGGACUGAAUGUGUGCGGCGCGUGCUCCCACUGUACGUGUCUCCGUGCUCUGCUAACUACGACGGCAUUGGCCCGUUGAUGUGAGCAGGCUGGUGCGGCGCUCCACUCAGGAGCUCUCCAUGACCGACUUAGCCCAAAUAUCCCACGUUUGGCUUGAGUUAGACUGUUUUUUCUGUUGAACGGCAGAUUUGAAAGAGGUGCUAGCGUGCAGGGAGGGUUGCGUCUCCGUUCAGUCGACUGAUAGUUUGUGUGUAGUCCUCUUUUGAGUCACUAUGUGGGAAUUGCGGUCAAUGUCAUUCUGGCGGGCGGUGUUUGCCGAAUUCUACGGCACCAUGUUCUUCGUCUUCUUUGGCUUGGGGGCCGCUCUCCGCUGGACCACAGGGCCCCACAACGUCCUGCAUGUGGCCUUCUGCUUUGGGCUGGCGGCCGCCACGCUCAUCCAGUCCAUCGGCCACAUAAGCGGCGGACACAUCAAUCCGGCGGUGACCUUUGCCUUCCUAAUUGGCUCCCAAAUGUCGCUGUUCCGCGCAGUCUUCUACAUAGUCGCCCAAUGUCUGGGAGCUUUGGCUGGCGCCGCCGUGCUCUACGGGGUCACGCCCAUCAACGUUAGGGGCAACCUGGUUUUGAACACGCUGCAACCAGGAAUCGGCCUGGGCAUGGCCACCACCAUGGAGGUCUUCCUCACUCUGCAGCUGGUGGUUUGCAUCUUCGCCGUGACAGACGAGCGUCGCAACGGACGCUUGGGAUCCGCUGCCCUGGCUAUUGGUUUUUCCGUGCUGAUGGGACAUCUUCUCGGGAUUUACUACACUGGAGCAGGAAUGAACCCAGCAAGGUCCUUCGCCCCAGCUGUGCUGGUCAGGAAUUUUGUCAACCAUUGGGUGUACUGGGUGGGCCCUCUGAUUGGCGGUGCAAUUGGCGCACUGCUGUAUGACUUCCUGCUCUUCCCACGAAUGCGCAGCCUCUCUGAGAGGCUCGCCACUCUGAAGGGCACUCGGCCCCCGGAGGCCGAGGGCCAACAGGAGACCAGAGGAGAACCCGUGGAGCUCAAAACGCAGGCUCUAUAAGGCCCCGGCAGAACGAGUUGCUCGUCAAACACCUCUUUCCAUUUCAAUCCUAACCCUUUCGGACUGCAGGACAAAGAUGAAGGCUUUAGAUCAAGUCACCUUCUUUUCUCUUUUAUUUUUGCUAGGAGUGAAGCUACAGUAGAGACUUCAGCAUGCUUUUCCUUUUUCAGCUGACAAGAUUUUGCCCUUUGCUUUGCUCCACUUAAUUUCACGUACGUACUGUACCUGACCAGAAUCAAUCCCAUUUUAUAAAAGUGUGUGUCAGAGGACGCUUUUGUCCGUAUGUUUAUGUAUGCUUGUUUUCAAUUUCUCUUUUCCUUUUUCUGAAAGAUUUUUACUUCAUUGCUGCGCGUAUUUCAUCAUUUUAAAUCAUCCGAACUUGUUUUUGAUAACGGUGCCGAUGCAUUUACAAAUAGUCACUGUUUUAUAAAGGCACGCCUCACCAUUUUUUGAUUAAAAGUGGAGAUACCCACUUUUUAUUGGACAGCUAAAAUGCCAAAUUGCAUUAGAAACCUAAUAGCAAAAUAAAAAUGAGGCCUUAACCUUUGAGCUAUAGAACAUACACACUACAAGUAAACUUAUAUUAUGGUUGUUCAAUGAAAAAUAUGGAUCUCCAUAUGGUACUCUUUCUAAACAAAUAAGAAAAAUGAAUGAUUUUUUUUAAUUACAAAAAAAAAGAUCUUUUAACAAACGACAAAGUCGGCAUGAAAAUAUUCCUAUUGCAAUAAUGUGGGCCUUUUUAAAACACCCCUGUUCAUAUUUUUUCUAUUGGAAUAUUUUUUUUUGAAUCACAAAAUAUGGAGAUACAUGCUUUUUAAUGGACAUGGGCAAUAGUGAUUCUUCAGUAAACCAACAGUUCAUACUUGUAAAAUCACAGCUUGGUAGCUCUGAAGGUACAUGCAACUUGAAUAACAAAAAAAUUAGGCUAAAAUACAUGUAAAUUGGACAUAUCUACUAUUCCAAAUGUUGGUUUGAAGUUCCUUGUGUUUUCCAAAGCUGAGCAGCUAGAACACAUACACAAGCUGCUGAUGUGUCACAUCAGGACUUUAAAAAACAAAACAAAAACAGAAAAAAAAAACAGUGCAUAAGGUGUGCUGACUUGAAAACUACAUGGUCAAUGUUAUGCUCCAAUGAUCACAUUAUUAAUCUUGUGACAUUGACCAGACAUGGGAGCAGUUUUCUGCAUUUUACUUUCCAGUGUGGUUUCCUUGAUAAGUGGCUGAUUAGGUAGAUUUUAGUGACACGGUCAGAAUUGUUGGUUUUCCUGUUUUGUGAUGUACAGUGUAAAGUUUUCUUUUUUUUUUUUUUAUGAAGACAUUUGAGGAUUCUUGAAAAACACUGAUAAUACAGUAAUCAUCAUACACACCUUUGAUGCAAUUGUGUUCUUUUGAGAGGAUGGAAGCAAUGCCAAGCAGCAGUUGACAUGGCCAUUUGCUCUCCCAGAGCAUGCAGUUUUUUGCUCAGUUCACCAAAUUAGAGGCAACCUGCACUUUCUUCAAGGUGUCUGCAUGUUUUACAUUUUCAUUUUGAAGUACAUUACUACUUUCAACUCUGCAUUACCACUAUUUUCAUUUGCUUAGCAAAAACAAAUUCAUUCAUUCAUUCUCACUAGCUUAAAAUGGGAACUGGUGAGUUGGGUUUGCUGAAAAUUUUCACGGCAGUGGCACAUAGGAAUAGAACAAUACUCGCAGGCUCUGUGGAUACAAUUAGAACUGCUGAAAUGUAGCUUUAGCUGAUACACCAAAUCUAAAUUUUCACUUAUUUAGUGACCGCAUCUUAUACAUAACGGUGUGCUCCGAAUUUUACACUACUGCUGUUUUUUUGCAGCUAAAUUAAUAUGUUCAAGAAUAUGCUAUGACCACUGACCGAGAGAACUUUUUUUUUUUUAAGUAUGUUUUAGACUGCUACAGCUAUAAUGGUGUGCAGUUUUCCCUUUAAGGUAACAAAAUAUCAAAAACAUUACAGGAAAAUGGUGCAAAAUAAGUGAAAAACAGCCACAGUGAUGUGUAACGCAUAUUGUUCUUGUAAAAUUCAAACACUAGUUCUCUAUGAUUAAAAUCAUUCAAUACCAAAAUGCCAGUAGCAUAUAUAAUUUGCAUAGUCAGCAUCCUAAGCAUUGCAUUGGCAAACUGUAAGAAUUCUACAACUGCAUUAACAAUACAAUAUUUAUUUAUUUUUAUCAGAGAAUACAGAGGCAUUGCUUACAUUCAAGCAGUAAAAAAGCCCAAAGUGCCUGUGGAUAUUCGAGGGGUUCAAACUUCAAUGCAAAAGGCCACAUAAAGAACAUCCA